UGACUUAGUAGUCGGUGGUAGAGCUUAAUCGAAGGCCAACGAGAUUUAAAAUGAACACAUAGUAUAUCGUCGUGAAUAAAUCUUAUAAAUUUGUUGUGUGUGUUAUGGCUAAUUAUUGUUGUGUAUGUGUGAUUUUCGUGCUUGUGAUUUUAAUUACUACCAAUGAAGGUGUUCAAAUUUUUUUGGAAAAUGGAGAAAUUUUAUCCGACAAAGAUAUAACUCUCAACCCCGAAGACAAUAUUACAAUAAUAUGUUCCGGAGACAAAUAUCUGAAAUGGAUUACACCCAACGUUCCAGCAGGGAUGUUGACGCCCUAUGUAUUUUCGGAAAUGGAUUACGGAAUGCAUGCAAAAAAAUUACUAAUCCAAGAAAUUUCAUAUCCUUUCGUUGGUAAUUACACGUGUCAGGGUUCUACGACGUCAACCUCCGUUUAUUUGUUUGUAAGAGAUGAAAAUAAUUUGGCUGUAAACAUGGAUGAAUUGAAUAUUGAAGAAAGUUCUCACAUUAUUAUUCCUUGUCGACCUACAUUUCCAGAGGUGCGUGUGGAACUAGUCGAUUCUGAUGAAAAUCUGAUACCUACAUUAUAUGAUCCAAAAAUGGGGCUUAUACUAGAUAAUUAUACGUUUGACAUACAAAAUAGAGCUUUUUAUUAUCAAUGUAUAUAUUCAUUAGGAGAUGUGGUAACUCAACAGUAUAUAAAUAUUAUUAUGGAAGAACCUCUGGAUAACGAGUACGAUGUUAUUAAGGAGGAAAAUGAAGCUCACAACAUAAUUGGCCAAACCUUAACUUUAACUUGUCAAGUACAAAAAAAUAUAGUUAAUUUUAUUUGGAAAACUCCAAGUCUCUUUGACGAAAGUAGAAUGAAAAUUGUUCAAAAUAGUGGCGACACUUACACUGGAAGGAAAUUAAUUAUUAACCCGACGAUCCCCUCAGAUAAUGGCACUUAUGAAUGUAUUGUUUAUAAUCGUCGUGGACGAAAAGAAUAUUUUAUUGAUGUGAAACUUUAUGAACCGGGUGAAUCAUUCCUCUGGAUAAAUAAAAAGAUGGGACUGCCUAUAAACGUGACCGCAAUGCAACCCUCAGCUCAAUGGAACAUCGAAGUAAGGGGACAUCCACAUCCUAAAAUCAAAUGGUUUAAUAACAAAAAAGAACUAAUCGAAAAUGGUACAAAAAAGUAUGUAACGAAGACUCAAGGGCCUCGUCAUUAUUUACUGCAAAUUAACAAUUUGACACUGAAUGAUUUUGGUACAUAUUCUUUAGAAGCCAGAAGUGGAAAUAUAUCAGAAAAGUUAGAUUUAUUUUUAAACAUAACAGAUAAACCGCGGGUAGCUCUUAUAUUGGAUGAGUUUCAUCAUAUUAAUUCAGUUUGCAAAGUACAAUGUGUUGCAAAAUCAAAUCCACCUCCUGUAUUUAAAUGGAAAUAUAAAGAGUGUGAACAAUGUGAAUACAAAGAGAAAAACGAAAUGCUAAAUGAAAAUAUACACGACAUAACGUACGUAUCAACAUUAACCAUUAAUGUUAAAGAAAACGGAUUUAUUCAGUGUAUCGUCAAUAACUCGAUUGGUACUACAAUCCAGGAAGUACCGAUUUCAGUAACAGAUGUUGAUAAUGGAUUCGAUAUUUUUAAUUUUGAUGAACUAAUGAAUAUUAAUGAAAAUAAAAGUUCGGCUGAAGUUGCCAUUGGAGAAACGCUUUCGAUGACUUGUGCUGUAUCUGCCAAAACUAAUACAGAUUUACAAUGGUUCAUCAAUAAUCAACUUCUUGAAAAAAGUGAUGAUAUUAUAAUUGAAAGAAGCUACACCAAGUAUAGUAAUAGGACUAGUUUGUUGAUUAACAAUAUCAAUGAAAGUAUGGCUGGCAAUUACAAAUGCGAAACAAAGUCAAAGAAGCACAGUAAAACUAUUGAGAUAAUAGUGUCUAAACCUACUCAACCUUGGUUUGACUCUAAAGACGAAACAGUAUCCGUUUCUGUUCCAUUACCAUUUCAAAUUUUUUGUAACGUAAGUGGUGUUCCUAAACCGACAAUUAAAUGGAUGAAGAACUCGAAACCAUUUGAACCGUUGGAUACUAAAGCGUGGAUCAUGGAGGAUCAUCGAUAUCUUAGUUUUUCUAAGACUGAAGUGGAAGAUGAAGGGACAUACACUUGUGUAGCACAUAAUUCACAAGGAACUGCUGAAAAAAGAUUUUCAGUCAACAUAUCCAAUAAGCCACCCAGUUCCCUUUAUCUUUACAUCAUUAUCGUCGUAAUUCUAAUAGCAUCACUAAUUCUUGUCGUAUUUUUAACCAUUCACAUAAGAAGAGAAAAAUUGUUACAAAAGGAACUUAAGGAAGCUGGCUUGGCACACUUCCAAAAAGGACAGGCUGAGAAUAUAAAUCCUGACUUAGGUAUCGACGAACAAGCCGAUUUGCUUCCUUAUGAUAAAAAAUGGGAAUUUCCCGUGGAAAAUCUUUGCAUAGAAAAACAAUUGGGAUCCGGAGCAUUCGGUGUUGUAAAAAAGGCAGUAGCGAAGAAUAUUAUUCCUGGAGAAGAUAAAACGAUUGUAGCUGUAAAAAUGGUAAAGAAGACUGCCGAUAAUCUACACAUCAGAGCACUAGCUACAGAGCUGAAAAUUAUGGUACACUUAGGACAACAUCUAAAUGUUGUUAAUUUACUAGGAGCCGUCACAACCAACGUAGCAAGACGAGAGUUGAUGGUUAUUGUUGAAUAUUGUAGAUAUGGAAACCUGCAAAACUUUUUAUUGCGACAUAGGGGCAGUUAUAUUAAUCAGUUGGACCCCGUUAGUGGUAACGUAGAUUAUACAAUAGGGUUGGAUAUUUUAGAACGAGCCCAUGUGUCUGGUAACAGAACUAAACAACUGUUUGAAGUGACUUAUGCCGACUUAUCUUUUUCCAACAGUAGCAACCGUUCAUAUUCCUACACUCCAAGAACUGCCAACAGUAUGGCAGACUACAGAGGUUCCGAUUAUGGAAACAAUCAAACUGGAGUAACUGAAAUGACCAAUAUUUCCCUCAAUUCUGCUGGUUACGUAGAUCGUAAUGGUAGCAGACAUAAUAGCGUUAAUCCACUGUGGCGAUCUAAUAUGACUGGCGAUUAUAAAAAUACAGCAAUCACCAUUUGCACGAGAGAUUUAAUAUCGUGGGCUUUUCAAAUUGCUAGAGGAAUGGGUUACCUGGCCUCAAGAAAAGUAUUGCACGGUGAUUUAGCAGCAAGGAAUGUUCUUCUAGCUGAUAACAACAUUGUAAAAAUAUGCGACUUUGGACUGGCAAAAACCAUGUACAAAGACGAUAAUUACAUGAAGAAAGGAGAUGGUCCCCUUCCAAUAAAAUGGAUGGCCAUAGAAUCAAUAAGAGAUAAAAUAUUUUCUACCCAAUCUGAUGUUUGGUCUUUUGGGAUAACUUGCUGGGAAAUAUUCUCUUUAGGAAGGAAUCCUUAUCCUGGAUUUAAUAUUGAUAAUGAAUUCUUGCAGAAACUUUUAAGUGGAUAUAGAAUGGAACAACCUGAAUAUUCACCAAGAAACAUGUAUAAAAUUAUGUAUGAUUGCUGGAUGUCAAAACCCACUGACAGACCAACGUUUUCCCAACUAGAAGAAGAUAUAGGAGCACUAUUGGAAGAUUCCAUGAAACAACAUUAUGUCGCCCUUAACGACCCUUACAUGGAAAUGAACACUCAGAGGCAACAACUUGGCGAAACCGACUAUUUGAGGAUGAUGAACUCUCCAGAUUUUAGAAACCUUUCAUCACCUGGUGGCAACGACGGAUAUUUGACACCCACCCUUUUCGGCGCCAGACCGCAAAAUAUCAAUGUAUUUAAUUUUGACGUGGAUAGCAACAUCAGUUCGUCAGAAUCUACCGGUCACGAAAUGCAACCUAUGCUUCACACUGUGGUAGAGUCUGACAAUGAGGCUGCCUCACCAACUCCAGACAGUUUUGCCAAUCCAAGUUAUCACAUCGUUUCUCCAAUCAACAACAGCGACGACAGUUACAUGAAUAUGAGCGGGAGUAGCAAAGAAAAUAAGAAGGAAGUAACUUAUUUAAAUAGUACGGUUGUUUAAACUAGUAAUGCCAUGUUAGUAACAUUCCAUUGUAUUCAAUGAAUAUGUUUUAUGUUGUAAAUAAAAUUGUAAAUAUUGUGCCAAAGAAAAAUCUUUCGUUUGUACUUAAAUUAUUGUAUAAUAUUUUUUAAAUAUAAAUUUGUUUAUAAAAAA